GGCGCUUCCGCUCCGGCCGCUUCCUUCCGGUUGUCGCUCGCGUCCUCUGCAGCCAUGCCUGAGCUCAGCAAAGAAGCCAAACAGCGCCUGCAAAAGGUGUUCAAGUGCGGGCAGUUCACGGUCCGCUGGGGAUUCGUUCCCCUCGUCCUGUAUUUAGGAUUUAAAAGGGGAGCUGACCCCGGAAUGCCUGAACCCACCAUACUAAGUUUAUUAUGGGGAUGACGACACGGGCAUCACAGCCGCCUGACAUGUGAACGCAAAGUAUUGAAGACGUAAAAGGAAUGCAAGUGACCAAAGUACAGGCGAUUCUGCUGUCCAGUGAUAUGACCAGAAUCUGUGACGUCUCUUCGACCAGUUUAUUUUCAUGCAGUACAGUGUCCCAUAUGAAGCAACAGAAGUGUGAAGGCCUUGUCCGUACUAUUUAAGCAUUUGUUACUUGAAAUGUUUUCUGUUGUACAUACAUGAUCUCCUGCUGUACAUUUUUUUCUACAUUUAUCAAUGUGCAUUGUAUGGGAAUUGUGUAUUUCAAUAAAGAAGUUUAAUGUUGCGGGAA